AUGUCUUCUUCAUUGACCUCGCUCCCUGAGGAGCUGCUAAUCGACAUCAUGACCCAUCUCGACAGUCAUUCCAUCCUCCAGAUGGCGCUUACCUGCCGUGCUUUUUACGGGGCCUUCCAGUCGACACCCAUCCGUUACAUCUAUGAGCUCGGAAUAAACUCUAUGCGGGACGCUGGAUCGGGCAAGUCGACUGAUGAGCUCCUAGUUCUCCUGCGAGAUCGGCAGAAGGCAUGGGCAACCCUCGAAUGGAAGAGUUUCACGACAGUGGAGCUUCCACCGAAUCAGCAAUCCUUCAAACAAUCUGCUGGAUUGUUGGCCGAGCUGGAUAUGACCGAUCUGCUAGUCAUCUACCUACCAUCUCCCACCCAACCUUGCCGUACCAUCCGCCACUCGAUUGAGGGUAUGCAGAUCUACGAUUUUGCCAUCGACGGAAACCAGGAUCUGGUCAUUCUGGCGGGGUACUUCGAAUUGCUGGAUAAACGGCGCAUACGUCUUCACUGCCGUACAAUCUCGACGAACGAAGUCCAUCCCAACGCCACCCCAGGCGGUAUCCUUGAAUUUGACAUACGCGAAGACGAAUGUCGCGAACGUUAUUCAGUAGUGAUGCAAAUUACACUUGCAGACGACGUUGUUGCAUUUUGGAGGUACGGACAAGGAGGUCAGACCCCCUUCCUGCUUUGGAAUUGGACUGCGGGCCUACUCCUCUUCAAUUCGUUUGAGGACAGGCUUCCGGACUGUCCCCCUAACCUCAGCUUCGACCUCCUCCUCCGAGACGCCUUUCUCUUGACGUCGGCAACCUCGAGCGGCCAAAUACUCAUCUACCGCUUCUCCCCGACGGUACCUGGAAUGCCUGUGCAUGUCGCCUCGCUUGGGCUGCCACCCACUGCACCACCGGCCUGUGUGACAUAUAUACGGCCUAACUCAGGGCAGUUCCAGCCACGGUCCACACCAGGAAUGCUCUUCAUGCAUUUGCCUGAGUCCCGGAUCCAUAUUUUUUCCGUCAACUAUUACCGUCACCGCUAUACAUUGUUUGUCAGGAGUUCGACGUUCUUAAGGUACGUGGACGACUCCGCAAGUGAAGCACAGGAUGUGCCAUGGGAAAUGUGGGGUGAAAGAGAGAGCCGGUUCACAGAAGUCGAUCUCAAUGUGUGGAGUCGGAAAAUCCAUGGAAGCCGGGUUAUCCAUGGAUUAUCUGAAGGAGCAAGCAUCAACGUGCUGGAUUUCUUGAGCGCUCUGCCGUGUCUUGCUUCUGCCAACUGCGAGCGGCAUGGAUCCGACAACCCUACCGUUGUGCCACGCAAACAAUUAUUCUUACAAGACGUCGUGACCCGCCUCCCAUAUCGGGUCGUCUCGAAGGUGAUAGAUGCGAAGCCAUCUAUGUAUUGGAUCGACGAGGAACGGAUUAUUGCAUUAGAUGUGGCAUCCAUCUACCUUGCGAGCACUAUGCCUUCUUCAUUCCCCUCCCUCCCUCAAGAGUUGCUAAUCGAGAUCAUGAACCGUCUCGAUAGUCAUUCCAUUCUUCAGAUGGCACUCACCUGCCGUUGCUUUUACGCGAUCUUCCAGUCAACACCUAUCCGUUACAUCUACGAGCUCGGAAUGAAUUCUCUGCAGGACGCUGGAUCGGGCAUGCCGACUGAUGAGCUGCUUGUUCUACUGCGAGAUCGGCAGAAGGCAUGGGCAACCCUCGAAUGGAAGAGCUUGACGACCGUGAAGGUUCCACCAAGUCGAAAAGACUUUGAACGAUCUGCUGGGGCGAUGGCGAGGCUGGAUAGGAACCUGAACGAGCUUCUUGUCGUCUAUCUACCAACUUCCACUCAACCUAGCCGUGCCAUCUGCUACUUGGUUCCUGGCAUAAAGAUCCACAAUUUUGCCAUCGACGCCAGCCGGGAUCUGGUCGUUAUGACGGAGUCCUCCCAUGUGCCGGGUAUUUGUAAAUGGUACAUUAAUCUUCACUGCCGCACGAUCUCGACGAAUGAAGUCCAUCCCAACGCAACUCUAGGCGGCAUCCUUGAAUUCGACAUAGAUCAACACAAGAAGAGCGAACGCGAUCUGAUGUCGAGCCGACACCGAAUCUUGCUUGUGGAUGAUGUCCUGGCGUUGUGUGCGGAAAUUUUCGACCCAAUCCUGCUUUGGAAUUGGACCACGGGCCUCCUCCUCUUCAAUUCGGGCGACCAUGUGUCACUAGACUGGCGGGGCAAUAUUCAAGGUUUCGAGUUCCUCCGCCGAGAUACCUUUAUCCUGACAUCAGCAGCCUCAAGUGGCCAGAUACUUGUCUGCCGAUUCUCCCCUACGACACCAGGAACACCUAUACAAAUCAUCUCGUUUGGGCUGCCACCCACUGCACCGCCAGUCUUCAGGCCGUUGAUACAGUGUGGAUACGGACAUUUCGAGCCACGGCCCAUGCCAGGGAUGCUCUUCACACAUUUGCCCGAGUCACGCAUGCUAUGCUUUUCCCUCAUCUAUAUCCAUCGAUGUUAUUGGCUGUAUGUCUGCAGUUCGACAUUUCUGAGAUAUGCUGAUGAGUCUGAAGCCGGGGUCGGUGAAGUGCACGAUGUGCCUUGGGAAUUCUGGGGUGAGAGGGGAAGCCGGUUUAUGGACGGGGACCCACCAUAUGAAAGUUGUCCACACGCUCACGGAAGCCGCGUUGUCAGUAUUUUGCCUGACAGUUCAAGAAUUCAGGUGCUAGAUUUCUCGAGCACUCGGCCAUGUCUUGCAUCUCCUAUCUGCAGGCGAUAUGGAGCAGGCGAUCCUACUAUCGUUACAUAUAAGGGUGUAUUCGCCAAAGAUGUCGUGACUCGCCUCCCAUACUGGGCGGUCUCGAGGGUAAUGGAGGAGGGAUCGUUCAAUUAUAUGAUCGACGAGGAGCACAUCAUCGCAUUCCCAUUGGAUGCGGGCGUAGCAGCGCCGGACGUACACCCUGAUCCUCUGGAUCUCGACAGUCGGACACAAUGUGUUGAAAUGCCUCCAGCGACAUUACCUCCAGAGCUCAAACUCCUUGUCGUUCAGCACGCCGCUCACGAUCCCGACAGAAUCGACCGGAUAAAGACCCUCGGCGCUCUCUUAGCACCCUCGGCCCGCAAGAACCCAUCGUCCGGCAAGCUGUGUCUAUACACAUUUUUUUAG